GAAACAAACCCGAAAAGACAGAAGACGAGAGACAAAGAGAUGGCUUCCACCUCCGCCGUAUCACUGUUCAUGCCACUCACCCAAAACCGUUCGCCGUCUUCGGCAAAACCCAUUGCCUUACUCAAGCCAUUGCCUUUGAAGUCAUCUAAGGCCUCAGCCAUGCCUUCAAGGAGGUUUCAAGUGAAGGCAUCUAACCUGAAGAUGGAGAAGGCUGUGAGCGGCUUAGCAGCAGCAGCUCUCACCGUUUCGAUGGCGAUCCCUGAGGUGGCUGAAGCCGCAGGCUCAGGAAUCUCUCCUUCUCUCAAGAACUUCUUGCUUAGCAACGUCGCGGGAGGAGUGGUGCUCGCGGUCAUCAUCGGUGUCGUUGUUGGUGUCUCCAACUUUGAUCCUGUUAAGAGAGGCUAAGGACGAGAGAUAUAUGUCUGUCGUUAUAGUAUGAACUUAUAAUAUUCUUAGAAUAACAUGAGAAAAAAUUCGUCACUAAUUCUGUCCCGAGAGAGGAUCAUCCCCAUGUAGUAAGCCAAAUACGCAAAAAGGCUUCUUUACCAUCGCCCUUUGGAGCAUGGAUGAUCACAACAUCAGUUUCAAAUUUUCCCUUGGGCCCCAGUCAACCUUCACCUUUAUUCUGUACCGUUACAACGAAACAGCCUGACAAUUUGUUAGCAUUACUUGCUGAAGAUAUUAAAGCAUUUACAUUUUCAAGUAGUAAGGUAAAGAAUUAGCCUGGCAAUUUCAAGAAUUUGUUAUCAAAAGAUGAUGAAGUAUUUUCAGCAUUUUGAGCUAAAGAAUUUGGUAAUUUCAAACUCAGUUCCUAUCUAUUUGUGCUUUAAUCCAUAUAUUUAA